AUGGGGUUCAAACUGCGAGACUAUUUCCGGGUGGAAUACAAGCCAGGGGAGAGGAAGUUGCUCCAAAAGAUCGACUUCUUCAUUCUUACCUUCUGCUGUCUGUCCUAUCUGAUGAACUAUCUGGAUCGGAGCAAUCUAGCCAACGCCUACGUGACGGGAAUGAAAGAAGAGUUGAAUUUCCACGGGAAUCAAUUGAACAUUAUCAACACCGUCUUCACGGUUGGAUAUAUCAUUGGGCAAAUCCCGUCCAAUCUGUCCCUGCACUAUAUUCCGCCACGAUAUUUCUUCCCCGGGAUGAUGUUAGUCUGGGCGGGGUUGACCAUGGUCACGGCAUCCGCGAAGAGGCCGGAGUCGAUCAUGGCCAUCCGGUUCUUCCAAGGUAUCGCGGAAUCAUCGACAUUCGUUGGUACGCACUACAUUCUUGGGUCGUGGUACACCGAGCGAGAACUGGGGAAACGAAGCGGGAUCUUCACUGCAUCCGGCUUGGUUGGCACCAUGAUCGGAGGAUUUAUUCAAAGCGGCAUAAACGAGAGCAUGAACGGUCUUCACGGACUGUCCGGCUGGAGAUGGCUCUUCAUUAUUGACGGUCUUAUCACCCUCCCGGUUGCCAUAUACGGCCUCAUCUUUUUCCCCGACACGCCGCAGACCACCAAAGCAUUCUACUUCUCCGAAGAAGAGAAGAAGAUGGCGGUCGCUCGAGUCCCCAAAAAGCGUGAGCGGUCCCCCCUCACCAUGUCGUUCUUCAAGAAAGUCGUCCUCUCCUGGCACUGGUGGGGCUUCGUCGUUCUCUGGAUCAUCGCCGGCGAGACCGAGUCGUUCAGCACCAACACCCUGCUCGCGCUCUACCAGAAAUCUCAUCCGUACAUCAAGUACACGGUAUCGCAGAACAACAACUACCCGACCGGCGUCGCCGCCGUCGGCAUCGUGUCAACGCUCUUUUGGGCCACGCUGACCGAUAUUCUCGCGGGCAAGCGAUAUCUGGUCGGCUAUUUCAUCGGCAUCAUAGGCAUCGUCACCUCGGCGAUGAUUCUUGCCGCAUCGAAAGACCCGAUGAAUCCUUCGUCGACCACCAUGGUGUUUGUGGCGUACUAUAUGGCAGGUACCGUCUACGCAUGCCAAGCGACCUUUUUCGCGUGGGCCAACGAUGCGAUGCGAUACCACGAAGACGUGUACCGUGGAGUGGUCAUCGCGGGUAUGAAUCUGGGCAGUAACUCCUUCAACGCAUGGUGGAGCAUCUUGUUCUAUGGAGUGUCCAUGGCACCGUGGUUCAAGCGCGGUAUGUGGGCGAUGAUCGCGUGCUCGAUCCUCCUCGCUAUCUGGACCGGAGGAUUGUCGUUCUUCCAAGUACGGGAAGAGAAGGCGCGAGCUCGGGAGCUGCAGGAGCAAGAGGGUCAUCUGGAGGAGAAAUCCGUAUCGAUCGACACCAAGGUAUAG